AAGGUUAAAACAACAAAUUUGCUGAAUGUUCAGGAUCCAGUUUAAAGAUUUAAAAACAAAAGUUUGAAUUAAACUGAGAAAAAUAAAGCUUUAGCGAACAUCAGUAAUCAAAUUGAGUCUAAUUCGCUAAUUGGCACAUCACUACAGGAAGUGUAUCGAUUUUUCUUAUCAAACAAGCAAGAUGUCCAAUUUCAAGCCAGUCGAUGGAUCGAAGGAAGAUUUCCGGAAAUAUCUGGAGCGUAAGGGUGUAAUGGAUUCUAUCACUAAGGUGUUAAUCAAAUGCAAUGCCGACCGGCCUGAAAAUGCAAUCGAGUACCUACUGGAGAAUCUCGGCGAAACUCAGCAGAAGGACACCAUCGAAAGAUUGGAGAACGAUUUAAGCGAGGCCCGUAAUGAAAUUGAAGCACUCAAACUGGAGAUCAAAUCAUUGCGAGUAAACAGUGUGAAAUCAAACUCGAAUUCAAGCGACGAUUCCCUUCAAGAACCGCAAGAUGAUAGUGGAGUGAGCGCGGAUCAGAAUAAUGCGAAUAAUGGGUCAGCAGAAGGAAAGGAAGCCCUUGCUGGCCCGGAAAAAUCGGAAACCGUCGCAAAUGAGUCUAAUGCGAAAGAUGCUGCAACACAGUAAUUGUCUUAUACGUAAACUAGUACUAACUAUAGCCUGUAAUGGUAGCCUAUAUCGAGAGCCCAUAAUAGCUAUUGAUAAUCAUAUCAAAGAUUACGGAACGUCCAAGUACGUGCUUGGUAAGUUGUGCAAAACAACAGCGCUGUGCAAAUUAGAUUGCUUCAAAUUUUAUUUGGUUGCAUACAGUUCAAAAAAUAUUUUGGGUAAUAAGCAAAAACAGUAAGCGUACAAUAAGUAACAUUUCCAUAAUAGUAAACAAAGUUAGGUGGUUGCAUGAAAAUAUUAAAAGGUGUUUAUUCACCGCUCAUUUUAUACUGAAAAUGAUUGAACUAUAUGUCCGCAAUUAGUAAGGUAAAAGUUUUUAUUGCUCAGAUUUUUAUUUUUUUUAGUUUUAAAGAUAAAAUUAAACUAUGAAGUAUGAUGCAUCUGGCGAAGCCUUUUUUCAGUUUUAAGGGGGGGACCCUACUCUGGAAAAUCGGAAAAAUUCAAUUAUAUUUUUUUGCAUUUUCAAGAGGCUUAUACCUUCAGAAAUGACAUUCUAAAAGGAUUUUUUGAUAUCUGAUCUCGUUGAAAAGUUACGGCAAAAACUGUGGAGUCACCUCAAGGGAAGCGCAUCGCUAGACAAAACUUUAAACGCGUUUUUCUCGAAAACAUAUUUUUAAGCUGGCGGUACGCGUAUCUAAGAAUCUCGUGGUUCGAUUCGGCUGAAAUUUUUUUCCAACACGUAAAAAUGAAUGUAUGUAAAUGAUUGUAAAAUUGUUACGUAACCGUUUUUUAAUAUCUCAAUUUGUCAAUUUUUUGUGAGCACUCAAUUGGCGCUUUUUGAUAAAAACAAACACUUCUUUUGGAAAAGUUUCCCCCAUUUUGGUAAUUUUUCGAAUUUUCAAAAUCCGCUACGUAACAAUUUAGGUAUUGACCUAAAGCUUCCAAAUCAUCCUUGAAAUCCGUUCUCCGAUACUCCGUUGGUUCAGGGCACGUACCGCCAGCAAUGAACUGUUUACUAGAGAGCAUCCACGCGCCCUGCUGCCAACAGCAUAAUAGUCACUAUUUUAGCAUCCAAAAAAUACAAAAUAGGGUAGCACGGGGCAAGAUGCCCACCUUAAGCUCACUAUAAAUAUAUACGAAGAAAUCUACAGCAAAGGGCUCAAAACCCUCGCUACGUUAUCUUUUACAGUCUUUUCUAUAACCUGUAUGCAUAUUGGGUGCUAAAAGUUAUAACGCAUAUCAAAUAUUCACGAGCAAAAAUUCAUCGAUUUUUGGGAAUUUUUCCAACCUGCGGGGCAAGAUGACCACCCUUGCGGGGCAAGAUGGCCAUCCUUUCCAAAAGCUAUUAAACCUUCAUUGUGUUUCACGUAUAAUCUAAAUAAUAAAUAUGGAUUCAAGCUGGUCAUAAACUAUUUUAAACAUUAUUUGAAUAAUUUGGAGUGUUUAGUUAACCAUAAAAAAGUUGUUCAUUGAAUGUACGUAUUCCUCUGUGGUCAUUAUUAGACAGAAAUAUGUUAAACAAUGUAUUUUUAUCGAAAACAAAUAAAUAUGCAUGUUUAUUCCGUUACAAAUAUUUUAUGCAGCGAUUGUUGCUGAUUUAAUGUUAUGGUUAUGCAAUUCAGGGUAGCAAUCAUGGUCUAUAAAGCGGUGCGCAUUUUGCCCCGCAAGUAGAUGUAUUUUUUAAAAGCAAUUUGUGGUAAAUACAUUAUCUGCACAAUUGCGGCAAUAUCAACAUCUGAUUCAUUACUAAAAUCAAUACCACGAUAACUCUUUCGUUAGAUGAAUUUUUUUUUAAAUCAUGAUUAAAACCUUAUUUUAUGGCUGCGCAAUCUUAUAAUAAAUGCAGUAUUUUUAAUCAUCGAUCUAUUUUUUAUGUUAUCGAAGAGUUCAAUGAUUUUAUUUUUGUAAUUGUUUGAAUUAUUGUUAGAUGUAGUGUUUAUUUAUGCGUACGGUUACUAAUUAUAUACCUUUAUAGCGUAUGUAACGAUUUUUGGAAGGGUGGUCAUCUUGCCCCGGGUGGGCAUCUUGCCCCGUGCUACCCUACAUCUUAAAAUAUACCUUAACCAAUAACCAGAAUACCCUAAAACUUUAAUACCAGCAUCCGAAAAAAAUUAUGAAAAUUCAUUAUUUUUUGACCUUCCAGAGUAGGGCCCCCCUUUAACAAAACAAAACUAUCUUCCUAAAACUUUUGAUCUUUUGAUAAAUUCAUGUGCUUAGAUGAUAAUUAAACCCAGGUAACCAAUAAGCAUUAGUAUAAGCAGUAAAUCAAUCGAUUAUUAGCAUCCCUGGCGUUUUAUACUGCAGGUUGCUGUUUAUCAGCCUUUUGACUGCAUAACUGUUGUAAAUUGGCAUCCACAAUUCUAUUUAAAAUCUUCUUGUCGGUAACUAGCUGCCAAUAAUCAUUGCCAGCACUAUAUGAGGGCUGGCAGUAAAGUAGCCGCUUAUUUUGCCAAAAUAGCAUUUAAGUAGCGUUUAAGGCAACCUAAAUGCUUAUUGGCUUGCAUUUAAAUUGCAAUGGAAAUGCUUAUUGGUUACCUGGGAAGCUUUUGAUUACAAAUGUUUCAUGCUAAAUAAGUGGUGAAUAAAAACCUUGCAAUAAUUGCAUUGUUAGCUUAGUAUAACGGGUGUAGCUAUUGAACUAGUCAUUAUAUCAAUCAAACCAGGCUGCCAUACAAAUAAUUUCCUAUCCAUAGAUUUAGAGGUAUGCAUUUCUUUUCAGUUCGGUGCAAUACAGAUAUUGUACUAGCGUGUUUUUGGAAUUUAUUAUUUCAGUUGCAGUACUACAGUUCGCAGCACUAUUGUACCGUCCAUAUUCUGUAUCAAAAUAAAGAUGUCAAUAA